CGUUGAUAGGCGGGGCGGCGGCGACACGUGCGGCGGCACCAGGAAGUGGUGGCGGGGCCGCGGCGGGCAGCGCCGGGCGGUCAGCAUGAUCCCAGGGCACGGGCCGGUGAUCCAGGCGGUGCUGGGAACCUUCCUCACCUGGGGGCUGACAGCUGCUGGCUCGGCGCUGGUGUUUGUGUUUUCCAGCGGGCAGAGGCGGAUCCUAGAUGGGAGCUUAGGCUUUGCUGCGGGGGUCAUGCUGGCCGCUUCCUACUGGUCACUUCUGGCCCCGGCUAUCGACAUGGCAGAGGAGUCCGGCAGCUUCGGUGCCUUCGCUUUCUUCCCAGUGGCCGUGGGCUUCGCUCUGGGAGCAGCUUUUGUGUACUUCGCCGACCUGCUCAUCCCGGCACUGGGUUUCAGCGGGCCUCCCCAUGCAGCGUUUGCCUUGAGCUGUGACCAACGAGUGGUGAAGGAAAAAUAUGAGCAUGAACCUGCCCAUCCCCUGGACUACGAGAGCGAGUUGUCCAUCCGGAUAGGUAGAGCUGGGCUCCAUCCAGACAAAGGUGAGAACGGGGAGCCCUACCAGAGGAGGAAGGGUGCGGGGGCCAGCCUGCCAGACGGCCCCCCAGCGUUCCCCGUGGCCAGGGACGGUGCCCCGUCGGCCGGCAGCAGCAGCUGGAGGCGGAUUAUGCUGAUGAUCCUCGCUAUAACCAUCCACAACAUCCCAGAGGGUCUGGCAGUGGGAGUUGGAUUUGGGGCUAUUGGAAAAUCCACAUCUGCGACCUUCCACAGUGCCAGGAACUUGGCCAUUGGGAUUGGGAUUCAGAAUUUCCCGGAGGGCCUGGCUGUCAGCUUGCCUUUACGCGGUGCGGGAUUUUCAACAUGGAAAGCGUUCUGGUACGGGCAGCUGAGCGGCAUGGUGGAGCCCUUAGCUGGCAUCUUUGGUGCCUUCGCCGUGGUGGUGGCGGAGCCUCUACUCCCCUACGCCUUGGGCUUUGCUGCCGGAGCGAUGGUCUACGUGGUGAUGGACGAUAUCAUCCCCGAGGCGCAGACCAGUGGCAACGGGAAGCUGGCGUCCUGGACUUCGAUAUUAGGAUUUGUGGUGAUGAUGUCCCUGGACGUUGGGCUGGGGUAGGGAAGCGUGCCGUUCCCCAGGAGAAGACUUCAGAGCCAUUUGUGCAGCGGUGUUUGGAACUGGACACACGUUAUCCUCUAGACUUUUUUUGUAUAUAUAUUUUUUUGGAUCUGGUUCGGUGUUGAUUUCCUAUAAUUUUAUAUCUCUUCCUCCCUUCCAAUGUCAUGUUGAUGGUUUUCAAAGCACAAAUACGGGUGGUUCCGUGCAGGUCCUGGUUUCCUUUCACCACCAGAUUUUCUUUUCCUCCCAGGAGGGUCGCUGGACCCCACAUUGGCCAGGCUGCAGGUCACCCUGUCCUUUCCCUGCCACGCUGGGCUGGUUUCUGAGUUAGGUCGCUCUGGGUUUUGGUCAUCUUUGUUCUGUAGAAGAUUAGAAAUUUGAUGUCGCGUGUUUAAGCUGGUCUGUGGUUAAGUACCAAGGCAUUUGAAUGGAGUAAACUCCUCACAGAGCCUCAACUUGGCACUGUCCUGGAAGGGCAGGUGGAAGGUGUUAGGGCCAAGAUAACACGUACAGUCCUCUGUGGGAUCGCAGGUCUCGUGUAUCCCGCUGGGCCUUGGGAGUGUUUUAGGGUAUUUGUUUUGAUGGAUGCAAACAGUCCAGGCAAAUAAAAAUGAAUUGUCUUGGGAUCUCUGUAAGAGGGAAAUGUCAUUUUUUCCUGAGUUUAUCUCCUAGGUGGGGCAUUGAUCCACUGCACUGUGUCCAAUAUCCCAAGGCUUUCUCUGAAAAAAAAAACCAAAAAACAAACAAAUGGGAAGGAAGAAUUUUUGCGUUUUCUAGCAUGUACUUUUUGAAAAGGCAAGAUGUGGUCACCAGUGUUGUCGUUGAUGUGCUGCCUGCGUGGUGCAGAGCGGGAUGUGUUUCCACACGAGCCCGUGGCUGUGUCUGGCCUUGCUGAGCGAUUGCUGGUUUACGGCUGCUGCUUCCAAUGGUUCAUAACUCCCCAGAAAACCAGCGCAGGGCUUUCCCAGCGGUGGCCCUGGUCGCGCUUCACCCCACAGAAGAGCUCAGAGCUGAGCCAGGACCUGAGCGUGCUGGGAGCCCUCAUCUCACUGGGCAGCGUCAGGAUGAAAUAAUUCAUCAGGGUGAAUUAAUUAUCGUACCUGAGGAGCCAGAAACGUGCACCGUGCGUACCUGCCUCUUCACCCUUUGCUUUUCAAGCAUCUCUUGUUGAACGGCUGUUCCCAAGCAGGCAGGAUUAGUCCCUUCCAGGCUGAGGAGCCAGCCUUGCCCGUCCCUCCCUGUGCCUGCUGCAGGCUCAAGCGAGGAGCAAAAUGCUGAAGGUGGAAGGAUGCUGUGAACCCCACCUCCCUCUUCGCUAGGGAUGCUCGUGUCUGUGGUAAGAAGGGCUUCAUGAGUCCCCUCAGCAGGAAUAACUGGAUUGCCUGGCUGCUGCCUGCAUCUCGGUCCCUCCAUGGCCAUGCAGCUCUCGGGGGAGCGAGGCUGCGGGUGGGGGGGUCAGGGACCACCGUUCCAUCCUGCUGGAGAAGCUGCAGGAAGGGCGGCCAAAGGGAACGGGCUUGAAUAAGCUAAGCUAGAGCCAUGCAUUUCUGUUUGGUUCAUUUAUUUUAUUUUUUUGGUUGGAUUUCAUUUGUACUUCGUGUGUCACUCUGGAUGAUACAAAACUACUGUUUGCCAAUGGAUUUGACCUUUUAACUGUGAUUGUUUUCAAAUAAAUGGGAAAUUCAGA